CUCCUCAGGUGUCCCUUCCACACCUUUCCCUGCCUCUCCCUCAAGCCCUUCCCUCCUUGAACCAACAAAGUCCAAGCGAGAAAGAAGAAAGUGUGAGGCAGGGAGGAAGCAAAAGGAAAGCAAAAGAGGGAAGGGGGGCGCCCAGUGGCUUCCUUUCUUCUCCUGGAGGGAAUUGCGCCCCCCCCAAUAAACAACAACAACAACAACAAGAGUUGGGAGGAUCUGAAGGUCUGUCAGACUUCUAGGUACUGUUGCUCCUUGUUGGAAGAUAUUACUUCAUUCUGUGUACAGGACUUUAACAAGUGUUUUGCCUUGAUUCUCAAUGUGUGAGUACAGUAUUAUGCUUCUUUUGAGCUCUGAAAAAGAAAGUGAGGAAUUAAUUUGCCAGCAUGCCUUUCAGGGGCAUUGAUGGAGAUAUAAAAGAUUUCUUAGUCAGCAUCAAUUUAGGACAAUAUUCUCCAAACUUUCGAGACUUUGGUUAUAACAGUUUGCAAGACUGUGCAGGGAUAAAUGACCGUGUACUUCAACAGAUUGGAAUAUCUCCUACGGGGCACCGCAGAAGAAUUCUCAAGCAGUUGGAGUCUGUGUUUGCAAAAAUGCCAGCCAAAUGUGCAUCUGUUGAAAGCCAGAAAAUGGAAAGUGCAGAAGACGUUGGAAAUCGCAUUUCUCAGCUCCUUUGCCACAGUUCCAAUAAACACAUUCCAAACACAGAGGGGGAUGGAAUAGCUAGCCAGAUAUCCAAUGAAUUUGCAAUUAUGUCCUGUGGCAAUCAUUGCCUAUGUGGAGAUACUAAAGAACUUGCUGACCAUGAGUCAUUGGGCAUCAAAAGCAACACGUUGGCAGGUUUCGACUCUUUUAACAACUCCUAUCAGAGCUUGAGUGGUUCAGCAGAUGUUACCACUGAUCCAGAAAAUGUGCUGAAAAGUGUGAUGUCCCUAAAGAUAAUUUCUAUGGAUAGUCCUCUUGAAAAGAGACAACCAGAAGCUAUUAACUUUGAACAAGACAACGCUCCCAAAGAAAUAUCUCCUUCCUGUACUGUGUCUUCAUCUGGAAUAAAAUCAAGUGAUGAUGAUCAUCUGAUGUUUUCAGCCCAGGAAAGUUUGGCUAAUGCUCCAAUGGACUGCCAGUUUUUUGAGUUUCAAGGUGAAAUGGUGGAAAAUGAUUUGUACAAUCCUUGUAACCAAAAUCCUACAAAAGUAGCUCCAAGACCAACACGGUCUUUCAUGCUUAGGCACCGCCCUGUUCCAGAAAUACCUGGCUCUUCAACCACUGAGACUUCAACAAGCUACCUCCAAGAAAGAAGAAACGUGAAAGGUUUAAAUAUCCAUUGUUCAGAGAGUCAUAUUUCACAAAGAAGAGGCCCUGGUGAAGAAAGGACACCUCCCAUCUCUCCAUACGGAGAAACUUUCCUUAUUCCCUGCUCAGAAGAAACGGAAAUCUGUAGCAAAGAAGUUUUAGACAUCCAGGAAGAGAAGAGAGAUGAAAACAACAUCCAAGGGGAUAACCUUAUGAGCAAAACAAGUACUUUCCGUAAUCAACCCCAGAAAAUCUCUGAUGAUGUAUCACACAGUGAAUUGUUGGCGCACGAAGAUAAAUUUGCCUCACUGAACAGAUUUGCUGGUGAAUCUGAAUUCUCCUCAGUGAAAAGAUAUACUCAGUAUGCACAAAGAGGAAAAUAUAAGGCGGCAUCACAAGGAGAGUUGAAAAGAGGGAAUUUGGACCUCAUUGCUAAAGAAGAGAUGCAAUUUCAUCAGCAUGGUGGCAAUGAUGAAUCCGUUAAUAACUCUAGAGACUCAAUAUCACCCUAUGCCUGCUUUUAUGGACCAGCAACAAAGAGAGUCAAAGAAGGAUGGCUGGAUAAACUGUCUCCACAGGGAAAGCAUGUGUUUCAGAAGCGUUGGGUGAAAUUUGACGGUGACAGUAUUUCUUAUUACAACAAUGACAAGGAGGUAUACUCCAAGGGAAUAAUCCUCCUCUCUGCUAUAUCUACAGUUAGAAGUCAUGGGGACAACAAAUUUGAAGUUGUUACUGCACACAGGAUAUUUGUCUUCCGGGCUGAAAAGGAAGAUGAGAGAAACGACUGGAUCAGUACAAUACUUGGUGCUUUACGGUCACAACCUGACAUUUCUCGAGCGCAAACCACUGUCUCUCCUGAUAAAAGUGGAUAUCUGGAACUGAAAGGUUACAAAAGUAAAAUCUUUACCUUGUUGCAAGGAAACAAUGUAUGGAUCUGCAAAAAUGAUCAGGAUUUUAAGAACGGAUAUGGUAUCACUAUAAUCCCUAUGAAUGUGGCUAAUGUGAGACAGAUAGACCGAACAACAAAACAGUCGUUUGAAAUAAUUACACCUUACCGAAGCUUUAGCUUUACCACAGAGUCUGAAAAAGAAAAGCAGGAGUGGAUUGAAGUGUUGCAGCAAUCCAUAGCAGAAACUCUCUCGGACUAUGAAGUGGCUGAGAAGAUCUGGUUCAAUGAAUCAAAUAGGACCUGCGCGGAUUGUAAAGCCCCUGAUCCCGACUGGGCAUCCAUCAAUCUCUGUGUUGUCAUUUGUAAGAAGUGUGCAGGGCAGCACAGAUCAUUAGGGCCCAGAGAUUCAAAGGUCCGGAGUCUCAAAAUGGAUGCAAGCAUUUGGAGCAAUGAACUCAUUGAGCUUUUUAUUGUCAUAGGGAAUAAAAGGGCAAAUAGUUUUUGGGAAGGAAAUCUUCAACCAGAUGAGGAAUUGCAUAUGGAUGCCCCAAUCGAGAAGAGACUAACUUUUAUCACGCAAAAAUAUAAAGAGAGAAAAUUUAGAAAAACUACUGUGCUAUAUAAAACCAAAGAAGAGUUAAAUAAGGCCCUGUGUGCUGCAGUGGUUAAGCAGGACGUAUGGGAAACAAUGGCACUGUUGUUUAGUGGAGCAGAUGUGAUGUGUGCUACUGGAGAUCCUAUCCACAGUACCCCUUACUUGCUAGCCAAGAAAUAUGGACAAAGACUGCAGAUGGAAUUUCUGCAUCAUAAUAAGUUUUCGGAUUUUCCUAACUAUGAUGCUCAUUCAGAAAGUCUUUUAUGUCAAGAUUCUUCCACCUUUCUUUGUGACUUUUUAUACAAGCUUUCUGUUAGUGGUACAAAGCAAUUUACUGAGAGAAAACUAAAAGAAGAGUGUAAUAAGAAGUGGUGUACUCUGGAAAGUGGCUUUUUGAGUUACUAUGAAAAUGAGAAGACAGCUUCCCCAAAUGGAAUGUUUGACAUUAGUGAAGUCAUCUGCCUCGUUGUUCAUAAAACAGACUCUUUCUUGCACAUUGGAACUGUAUUUACCUUUGAAAUCUACUUACUGUCAGAACGUGUGUUUCUCUUUGGUGCUGAAACUGCACAUACUCAAAGAAAAUGGACUCAGGCAAUUGCCAAGCACUUUGUGCCCAUAGUGGCCAAACAACUUCUAGAGAGGGACUAUAAUGUGAUCGGCCAGCUGUACUACAAAGAUUGCCAUGAUCUUGAUAAUUGGAAAAAAGGCUGGUUUGCUAUAGAGAAGUCAAGCCUUUAUUUUUGCCUGGAGCUGGAAAACUUGCAAGAGGAUUCAAUGCAUCUAAGAAGGCUCCAGGAAUUAACAAUCAGCAGCAUAAUCCAAAAUGGAGAAAAAAUAGAUGUUCUUCUUCUGGUUGAGAAAGGAAGAACGUUAUAUAUCCAUGGCCACACCAAGUUGGAUUUCACAGUCUGGCAUAGUGCAAUUGAAAAAGCAGCAGGUACAGAUGGCAAUGUGUUGGAAGAUCAGCAGCUCAGCAAAAACGACGUCCCGAUUAUAGUGAAUAGCUGUAUUGCAUUUGUUACACAAUAUGGUUUAGGUAGCAAAAAUAUCUACCUGAACAGAGGGGAUCCAUCUCAUGUGAGUGAACUUCUUGAGUGCUUCAAAAAAGAUGCCAGAAGUGUUAAACUGAGGGCUGGAACUAAUCGGCUGGAAGAUGUUACUGAUACCCUGAAGUGUUUUCUAUCUGAUGUUGAUGAUGCACUUCUUACCAAAGAACUCUAUCCAUUUUGGAUCUCUGCAUUAGAUACAGUGGAUGAGAAAGAGAGAGUGAGGAAGUACAGCACUUUUAUUCGAACACUUCCACCUGUCAAUAGGGCAACUUUGGCAGCCUUAAUGGAACACCUUUACAGGGUACAAAAGUGUUCUGAAAUCAAUCACAUGGAUCCUCACAAUCUAGCAAUGGCAUUUUCAUCAUGCUUGUUUCAAACUAAAGGGCAAACCAGUGAAGAAGUCGAUGUAAUUGAAGACCUGAUUAUAAAUUAUGUGCAUCUCUUUGAUGUACAUGAAGAUCAAGUGAAACAAAUGGAUAUUGAGAAUAGCUUUAUCACCAAAUGGAAGGAUACUCAAGUUUCCCAGGCUGGAGACUUGUUAAUUGAAGUUUAUGUGGAGAGAAAGGAGCCAGACAGCAGCAUUAUAAUAAGGGUAUCGCCAAUGAUGGAGGCAGAAGAACUGACUAAUGACAUACUGGGAAUAAAAAAUAUCACACCCCACAAGGAUGAUGUGUGGGCUACAUUUGAGGUGAUUGAAAAUGGAGAGCUAGAACGCCCAUUACAUUAUACUGAAAAUGUUCUAGAGCAAGUUCUUCAUUGGAGUUCUUUGACUAAUCCCAGCAGUGCGUAUCUUGUUGUGAAGAAGUUUCUGACAGCUGAGACAAUGAAGCAGUGCAAUGAGAAAAAUACAAAAGGCACGGUAAAAGCCAGCUAUCUGAAAUACAAAGAAGAGCCAUCCAAAUUACUGUCUGGAAAUAAGUUUCAAGACCGUUAUUUUGUUUUGCGGGAAGCAAAUCUUCUACUUUACAAGGAUAUGAAGAGUAAUAAGCCUGAGAAAGUGUUGCCAGUCCAAUCGCUAAAAUGUUAUCUUGGAGUGAAGAAGAAACUGAAGCCACCAACAAAUUGGGGUCUAACAUUAUACUCUGAGAAGUAUCACUGGCAUUUAUGUUGUGAUGGACAGGAUUCUCAGCUUGAAUGGCUGAGCUGCAUUUUUCUUGCACAGCAUAGUAAUAUCUGUCCACCAGAUGGAAAGGUGAGGAAGCAAUCUAUUACAAAAAAUCCAAAAAUUGGAGGCUUACCUUUAAUACCAAUCCAUCCAGAAGGAACCAUUCCAAAAGCUAAAGUCAACGCAUCAGAGAAUUCAAAGUUUAAAUCUGAAAGUGACUUAACAGAAGACAAGAGGGGUUUAAAGGAAAGAGCAUUACGGGUCGCUCAGUGCUUGGAACGCAAGGAGGAAAAAACCCGAAACCGUGGAAAAAAGCACCGAAGUCUGAUAUGUUUGGACGACAUGGAUCAAGAUGUUGCUGCUUUGCACCAAAGACCCUACAAAGAUUCAAAGACACCAAAGAAGAGUGAGAACAAAGCCAGUCAGAUCCAGUUGGAAUCUGAUAAGCAGCUUCCAGCAAAUCUUAUUCAAGAACUCCACACCGUCUUGCAGAGGCACAGAACUUUCAGUGAUCAGUCUUAGAGACACUUCUUCAGAUCUGUACGUCAGUGACUUUAUCAUUCUAGGAAGUAAAAUGUAUUGUCUAUGUACAGUGUACAGGCCUUUGUUUGGAUGGAUAGAUAGAUAGAUAGAUAGAUAGAUAGGAAGAUACAGAGGCAACAUAUGCCUUCCUAUUUUAUACAUGUAAAUAUUGAAAAAAUAGGUGCUAUCUGCCAGUGGAGGUGCUUCCACAAUUCUGUAUGUAUGUAGUGGAAACUCUGGCAACAACUGUGUAUUGCAGCUAUCCAAUGUCUGCCCAGAAGACGUGUCCCAGGACAGUACCUGACAGUUUAUAAGUCAGGGUGGAGAGGCUGAUGAAUACUCACAGUGCUAUUGUAUAUAAAGUUAAGACUGGUGAAUUGUCAGUUUGGAUGUCAACAGCUGUUAUCUCAAGUUAUGUAACUGUGCAGUAGAUUGCAUGGGAAAAGGACAUCUAGUCCUCUAUAAGAGAUGGCUUUGUUUCUACAUUCUACUCUUUGUGGCUAUUGUACAUGGUUUGAAGAUAACACAAGAACAGAAAAAGACACAGAGGCAAUACUUGCCUUCCUCUUUUUUAUUUUUAGCCUAGAUGGACUAUUGACAGUGACCUUUAUGUUUAGAAACAACCCUUUUGUAGAUCCUGGGGUUAAUUCACAAUAUACUAUUAAUAAUUAAUACAUUUUAACUCUUAUCACUCCACGUUAUGAGAUGCUGGGAUUUGUAGUUUUUCUCUUUGCCAGUGAAUUCUAAAGCUGCAGUUCAAGGGAGUGCACUACAGCUCCCUAGCAGAAAAUUCUAAGAACAUCACCAUACUAUGAAACCAAGGAUUCCAUGGGAUGGAGCCAUAGCAGUUAAUGUAAUAUCAAAGUGCUGUAAAAGUGCAGUGUGUAGUUAUACCUCUUCCAAGGGUCACAGUUGUCCUUCUCUAGAACACAUUGUAGCAGAGGUGGGCAACAUAGAAGGAUGAAGGGGCUAUUGUUUUUACCCCAAGGACAACAGCAGUUUCAAGAGGAGUGAAAAAUAAAAAGUGGAAGAGGCCAAAGAUACAUUUCCAGUUUCAUCUUUGGCUGGUUGUCGGUGCUCCAUUUUACUUUACAUUUGCUAUGUAAAGUGCAGAGCUGCUCACAGUCAUAGAACAGGCAUUUUUCUGUGCUUUGUGAAAUUUGAAAUAUGAAGUGGUGAACUGAAGGAAAGGAGACUAAUUCAGGGGUGGCCCUGCACUUUCAUGUGCCCAUGAUGUUCUAGAACACUAUCCUAUCCUAGGUUGCAAAGCUGCUAACAAGAAUGAUGUUUGUACUGUAGAACAUUACGAUGUACAGUAUAUAAAAUGUCAGUUGUCCCAGAUAAUAAGACACUGCAUACCACAGGAUUGAGAUGAACAAUAUUGGUCUGUGCACAUAGCACUGUAGAGUUGCAGAGUCAAACUGUACAGAGAUUACUUUUUUGUGUGGUUGAAUGGCCCUGUCUGUAUGUGUUUUAUUUUAAAAAAAUACAACUGGAAGAUAAUCUCUUCUACUACUUCUUGCUAUGCUAAGUUUUUUUUUAUUUGCACAUAGAUUUCACAUUCGUUUUUGUUUUUUUACAAAUGCUAGCAUGAAAAAUAUGGUCCUUUACCUGUGAUUAGAAUUGGUAGAGUUUGUCCAUUUGGGAUAUGACGGUUUGAUUUGCACCUUAUUCUGUAUAGACCAGGCUGGAAGUUUAAUAAUAUUUUAGUGACUUUACCAAAAGUCAUGAAUGUAAUGUUUUGAGUAACUGUACUGCUAAAGAGAGAUUAUCUCUGUUUAUGCAUAAUUUGCUGCUACUAAGAAAGUGAAAAAAUAAAUAAAAAUAAAGUGAAGAUGACCAUCA